UUUCCGUCAGGCGCCAAUUUACAAUUUUGCUGUAAACUAUCCGCACUUCUCUUUAACUAAAAAAGUUUUAAACUCUUUACUCGCAUACUUUUAAGUUUUAUCAAUUAAUGGUACAAUGGGUGAUGGCGAAGGCCGUGAGAAACAAGAAGAAACUAAAAAAAUCAUACACACUUACCCCCUGAUAAGGCACUCAGAUAUGCCCGAGGAAAUGAAACAAGAAGCGAUGGAAUUAGUGGUGACCGCUUGUGAGAAAUACUCGACCAAUAAUGAGGCGGCGGCAAAAAUGAUCAAGGAUGAAAUGGAUAAAAAAUUCGGGCCCCCUUUUCACGUUGUAGUGGGUGAGGGUUUCGGUUUUGAGAUCUCGUUUGAGUGUACGAAUCUUCUCUAUAUGUUUUCUGGAGGGAAUUUAGCCAUAGUGGUGUGGAAAUGCUAAAGUUUGAAUAGGGGAAUUAUUUAUUGGAUUAUAUAAAAGCUCAUUAGUAUACAUACAUUACUGUCUUUAUAAUAUAAUAUUUCAGUCAUUUUAUACAAAAUAAAACAAGUAAUUGACAAUCACUUGGAAUAUAAUCGCCCGGACAGUGAUGUGAGAGUGAAAUGUCAAUUAGGAUUAAACAGGAGAGAUAAAUCAGUCUAACAAUCAACUAUGAAACAAUAAAAUUUUAAAUUAAAACUUAAAACAAUCAGAGGAGUAAUAUAUUGGUUAAACUCCGUCAAAUGUACGUAUAUAAUAUGUCCAUCCGACGGCUACCUAACCACACUUCGUCAAUAAAAACCGUUAAAACAAUUUAAUUGCACA